AUGAGCUUCACCUUCCACUCAGUUUUCUUCACCCUGAAGGUGAGCAUCCUGUUGGGGUCCCUGCUGGGGCUCUGCCUGGGCCUCGAGUUCAUGGGUCUCCCCAACCAGUGGGCUCGCUACCUCCGCUGGGAUGCUAGCACACAUAGUGACCUGAGCUUCCAGUUCAAGACCAAUGUCUCCACGGGGCUGCUCCUGUACCUGGAUGAUGGUGGAGUCUGUGACUUCCUCUGCCUCUCCCUGGUUGAUGGCCGCGUCCAGCUCCGCUUCAGCAUGGACUGUGCUGAGACCGCUGUGUUGUCUAACAAACAGGUGAAUGACAGCAGCUGGCACUUCCUUAUGGUGAGCCGUGACCGCCUGCGAACUGUACUGGUACUUGAUGGCGAGGGCCAGUCUGGGGAGCUGCAGCCCCAGCGGCCCUACAUGGAUGUGGUCAGUGACUUGUUCAUUGGCGGAGUCCCUGAUGACAUACGAUCUUCUGCUCUGACCCUCGAUGGAGUACAGGCUAUGCCUGGCUUCAAGGGAUUUAUCCUGGAUCUCAAGUAUGGCAACUCAGAACCUCGGCUUCUGGCGAGCCAAGGCGUCCAGUUGGAUGCUGAGGGACCUUGUGGUGAGCGUCCCUGUGAAAAUGGUGGAAUCUGCUUUCUCUUGGAUGGCCAUCCCACUUGUGACUGUUCGACCACUGGCUAUGGUGGCAAGGUCUGCUCAGAAGAUGUCAGUCAAGGUCCAGGCCUCUCCCACCUCAUGAUGAGCGAACAAGCUCGAGAGGAGAACGUGGCCACUUUCCGGGGCUCAGAGUACCUGUGCUAUGACCUGUCUCAGAACCCGAUCCAGAGCAGCAGUGAUGAGAUCACCCUCUCCUUUAAGACCUGGCAGCGUAAUGGGCUCAUCCUGCACACGGGCAAGUCAGCUGACUAUGUCAACCUGGCUCUGAAGGAUGGUGCGGUCUCCUUGGUCAUUAAUCUGGGGUCCGGGGCCUUUGAGGCCAUUGUGGAGCCCGUGAAUGGCAAAUUCAACGACAACGCCUGGCACGAUGUCAAAGUGACACGCAACCUCCGGCAGGUGACAAUCUCUGUGGAUGGCAUUCUUACCACGACGGGCUACACUCAAGAGGACUACACCAUGCUGGGCUCGGAUGACUUCUUCUACGUGGGAGGAAGCCCAAGCACUGCUGACCUGCCAGGCUCACCCGUCAGCAACAACUUCAUGGGCUGCCUUAAAGAGGUUGUUUAUAAGAAUAAUGACAUUCGUCUGGAGCUGUCUCGCCUGGCUCGGAUUGGGGACACCAAGAUGAAAAUCUACGGUGAGGUUGUAUUCAAAUGUGAGAAUGUGGCCACACUGGACCCCAUCAACUUUGAGACCCCAGAGGCUUACAUCAGUUUGCCCAAGUGGAACACCAAGCGCAUGGGCUCCAUCUCCUUCGACUUCCGCACCACUGAGCCGAAUGGCCUGAUCCUCUUCACUCAUGGCAAGCCUCAAGAGAGGAAGGAUCCUCGGAGCCAGAAGAACACAAAAGUCGACUUCUUCGCCGUGGAACUCCUUGACGGCAACUUGUAUUUGCUGCUCGACAUGGGCUCGGGCACCAUCAAAGUGAAAGCCACUCAGAAGAAAGCCAAUGAUGGGGAAUGGUACCACGUGGACAUCCAGCGAGAUGGCAGAUCAGGUACCAUAUCAGUGAACAGCAGGCGCACGCCAUUCACCGCCAGUGGGGAGAGCGAGAUCCUGGACCUAGAAGGAGACAUGUACCUGGGCGGGCUACCAGAGAACCGCGCUGGCCUUAUCCUCCCCACCGAGCUCUGGACCGCCAUGCUCAACUAUGGCUACGUGGGCUGCAUCCGCGAUCUAUUCAUCGAUGGGCGUAGCAAGAACAUCCGGCAGCUGGCGGAGAUGCAGAACGCUGCGGGCGUCAAGUCCUCCUGUUCCCGGAUGAGCGCCAAGCAGUGUGACAGCUACCCCUGCAAGAAUAACGCUGUGUGCAAGGACGGCUGGAACCGCUUCAUCUGUGACUGCACGGGCACUGGCUACUGGGGACGAACCUGCGAAAGGGAGGCAUCCAUCUUGAGCUAUGAUGGCAGCAUGUACAUGAAGAUCAUCAUGCCCAUGGUCAUGCACACCGAGGCAGAGGAUGUGUCUUUCCGCUUUAUGUCCCAGCGGGCUUAUGGGCUGCUGGUGGCUACAACCUCCAGGGACUCGGCUGACACCCUGCGUCUGGAGCUGGAUGGGGGGCGCGUCAAGCUCAUGGUUAACUUAGACUGUAUCAGGAUAAACUGUAACUCCAGCAAAGGACCUGAGACCCUGUAUGCGGGGCAGAAGCUCAACGACAAUGAAUGGCACACCGUUCGGGUGGUGCGGAGAGGGAAAAGCCUUAAGUUAACAGUGGAUGAUGAUGUAGCUGAGGGUACAAUGGUGGGUGAUCAUACCCGCUUGGAGUUCCACAAUAUUGAAACUGGUAUCAUGACCGAGAAGCGUUACAUCUCUGUUGUCCCCUCCAGUUUCAUUGGCCACCUGCAGAGCCUCAUGUUUAAUGGGCUGCUUUACAUUGAUCUGUGCAAAAAUGGUGACAUUGAUUACUGUGAGCUGAAGGCCCGUUUUGGACUGAGGAACAUCAUCGCUGACCCUGUCACCUUCAAAACCAAGAGCAGUUACCUAAGCCUGGCCACCCUCCAGGCCUACACCUCCAUGCACCUCUUCUUCCAGUUCAAGACCACCUCAGCUGAUGGCUUCAUUCUCUUCAACAGUGGUGACGGCAAUGACUUCAUUGCAGUUGAGCUAGUCAAGGGGUACAUACACUACGUGUUUGACCUUGGAAAUGGUCCCAAUGUGAUCAAAGGCAACAGUGACCGCCCCCUGAAUGACAACCAGUGGCACAACGUCGUCAUCACCCGGGACAACAGUAACACCCACAGUUUGAAAGUGGACACCAAGGUGGUCACUCAGGUUAUCAAUGGUGCCAAAAAUCUGGACUUGAAAGGUGAUCUCUACAUGGCUGGUCUGGCACAAGGCAUGUACAGCAACCUUCCAAAGCUCGUUGCCUCCCGGGAUGGCUUUCAGGGCUGUCUAGCAUCAGUGGACUUGAACGGGCGUCUGCCAGACCUCAUCAAUGAUGCCCUCCAUCGGAGUGGACAGAUAGAGCGUGGCUGUGAAGUUGCGUUGACCAAAGCUGACCUGCAAGGUAGAGAAGGCUCUUGCCAGGAAACCACGUGUGCCAAUAGAAAUAUCUGCCAGCAAUCCUGGGAAGGAUUUUCUUGUAUUUGUUCCAAUUCCUCAUAUAGUAGAUCUCAGUUUAAUGACCCUGGCGCUACAUACAUCUUUGGGAAAAGCGGAGGCCUCAUCCUCUACACCUGGCCGGCCAAUGACAGGCCGAGCACGCGCUCGGACCGCCUUGCUGUGGGCUUCAGCACCACUGUGAAGGAUGGCAUCUUGGUGCGAAUUGACAGUGCCCCAGGCCUUGGCGACUUUCUCCAGCUUCACAUAGAACAGGGGAAAAUUGGAGUUGUCUUCAAUAUUGGCACAGUUGACAUCUCCAUCAAAGAAGACAGAACACCAGUAAAUGACGGUAAAUACCACGUGGUGCGCUUCACCAGGAAUGGCGGCAAUGCUACACUUCAGGUGGACAACUGGCCAGUGAAUGAGCAUUAUCCCACAGGCAACACUGAUAAUGAACGCUUCCAAAUGGUAAAACAGAAAAUCCCCUUCAAAUAUAACCGGCCCGUAGAAGAGUGGCUGCAGGAAAAAGGCCGGCAGUUAACCAUCUUCAACACCCAGGCGCAAAUAGCCAUCGGCGGAAAGGACAAAGGACGUCUCUUCCAAGGCCAGCUUUCUGGGCUCUAUUAUGAUGGUUUGAAAGUGCUGAACAUGGCAGCUGAGAACAACCCCAAUAUUAAAAUCAAUGGAAGUGUCCGGCUGGUAGGAGAAGUCCCAUCAAUCUUGGGAACAACACAGACGACCUCCAUGCCACCGGAAAUGUCUACCACUGUCAUGGAAACCACCACUACAAUGGCUACUACUACAACCCGCAAGAAUCGCUCCACAGCCAGCAUUCAGCCAACAUCAGAUGACCUUGUUUCAUCUGCUGAAUGUUCUAGUGAUGAUGAAGACUUCGUAGAAUGUGAGCCAAGUACAGCAAACCCCACGGAGCCGGGAAUCAGACGGGUUCCGGGGGCCUCAGAGGUGAUCCGGGAGUCGAGCAGUACAACAGGGAUGGUCGUCGGUAUUGUGGCUGCUGCCGCCCUCUGCAUCUUGAUCCUCCUGUACGCCAUGUACAAGUACAGGAACAGGGACGAGGGGUCCUAUCAAGUGGACGAGACGCGGAACUACAUCAGCAACUCGGCCCAGAGCAACGGCACGCUCCUCAAGGAGAAGCAACAGAGCUCAAAGAGCGGCCACAAGAAACAGAAAAACAAGGACAAAGAGUAUUAUGUGUAAAGAUAAUACUACUACUAAUAAAUGAAUUUAAAAAAACAGAAUUAUUUAUAUAUAAAUAUAUAAAUACUUUGAAAAUGAGAUUUGACAGAUGUCAGAACUGUUGUAACUAUGAGACGGGGUAUACCAUAACUCUGGUGGGAAAAAAACAUUUUUAAAAGGACACACACAAAGAUGUACCUAUCUCUAAAAUUCCGCCAUGGCUGCUGUGUUUCAGUCAUCACUCGGAGACAGAAAGUUCUUUCUGCCCUGCUGUAUCAUAGAGCACACACUUAGCACUCUGGAGCAAGCAAAUGGCUCCACCACUUUAGCGGACUUGGAAGCUUCCUUCUCUUGAGGACCUUUCGACAAAAGGUAGAAGACUUCAUGGCUUACUUGUUCCAUAACUCCAAGUGAGUCUGUAAUGAUGUUGUGAAGCUUGAUUGUAACAAUGUUUUUUUUUGUUUUUUUUUUUUCAGUUUAAUUAUGUAAAAAAAAGAAAACAAAAAAAAGUUUAAAAAAAAAAGAAAAAGAAACAAAAAAAAAUCCCCUUAUCUGGUUCUGGCUGGUGUGCGGGUAACUUUUCAAGAUCUAAGGGGAAAAUGGCUUUUGGGUUUUUGUUUAUUUUUUGAGAAUGACUGGACAUAAGUUAAGAAGAAAAAAAAACUCAGAAAAAUAAAAAUGAGAGAGACUUUUGCCGUAUAUGAACUCAAAAGCUACUGUGGCGUCCACUCUCCAUAUCAGGUUGUGGUGUCUCUAGCAUCUGUUGUUUGUUUCCUAUAAGAUGCUUUGCUGAACACAUAACAAAAUCAUGUGAUGGAUGAUAAUGUUGAUUUGAAAAGCUGGUCCCCUAGGAUCUAAUUCCAGAAUUUGUCGCCCAAACCCUGAACAGAUGGGUUCAGGGAUGGUUUUAUCAGAGCUAUUGGUUUUAUUUAACGAUAGUGUUCUUGUUCAUUAGCCCGGCCAAACUGUGGUAAAGGGGAAAGCCCCAUAAACUAAAACAGAGUCUUUCCUAGCCAAGUGGGGGGUGGGCUGGAUCUGUGACUGCCUGACGUGCAUGCAAAUACAAAAGAAAAGACAAUAAUGAAAGUCUGUCAAAUAAUCAAACCAGACUACCAGACAGGAGUUCAACUUGUGAUGGAACCACAAAAGGUCACACAAGCCAAACACAUCAUAACGGAGUGCAAAAUACAUAGUUCUCCCCACCCCCGCCCUCAACGUGGUAAUGUUUUUCAUAGUGUUUUAAUUUUGCAAACUGACAUUAAUGGAUAAUUCUAUCCUUCCAUUGACUCACGUCUCCCUUUACCCAUCUUUUUAAAAAUAUGAAUAAUUAAAUCAAUGAACAAAGCUGCUGUGACACACACACACGAAAAGGAAUUUAAUAGUAUAAUAUAUAUAUAAAUAAAUAUAUAUACAGAUAUAUUUAUCGUGGUAUGUUUGAUGGGACGACUGAAACAGGCAAUCUGUUAAAGUCUUGAAGCAGAAUGAGAAUGUUGUUUUAAAAGAAAAUACGAAAACAACAAAAAAGCAAACCUUAUAAUGUGAAGAAAGUGUGAGUUUUAGUUUUGUCACAGUUGACUGUGUCAAAGAGAAAAAAAAAAUCUCAGAUUUUGUUUACAUAUUUUACUACAUUUUUGCUGGUAUAAUUCCUUAGCUACCUAUGUACAUACUGCUUUGAGACCUGUUCUUUCUCUUUGUUUAUUUCAGUUUGUUGGGUUUAUAUUCCAAUUGUCUUUCUUUCUUUUUGAAAAGAGGAAACAAUGUACAGAAAAAAAAAUAAAAUAAAAUGGUUGUGUGGCCAUACCUAUCCAAAAAGCAAGAGAAAAAGCCAGACAAAUAUUCACGCAAAAAUGGGGUGUGUCCUCCAAAGGGUCAGAUAUAUACUAUUUCUUUGUACAGAUGAAAAUCAGCUGUUUAGAUUUAGAAAUCUACUCUUGCUGGUCUUUGUAAGUUGCAUGACUAUUUGACUUUGAAAAACUAUCUUAAAGACAUGGGGCAAAACGCGCAAUCUAAACAAUGGUAGCGUUUUCUAAUGUGUAUGGAAAGAGGUGUUCCUCAUUAUCUGAUAUUUCGAUGUGUUGAGUUUUUUUCUAACUUUUUCUGUUGUCAUUAAAAAAAGACAGGAUUAUAAAGAGAUAUCAAAGCACGAUUUUAGAUAAUAUAAAUGGCCCAACCUAUAUGAAGUUGAUUAUAUCUCGAUGUCUGUAAAAGAUUGCUGUUUUUGGAGUCUUGAGGUCUUGUAAACUGAUUUCCUGCUUUCUUUCUUUACAAUUUUUUUUUGUUUUAAUUUGAGUAAAAAUACAUUUGUUAUAUUCCUUUUAGUGUAAGUUUCUAUUUGGAAAUUUUAUGGGAACAUGUGCAUACUGCGUGUGAGCUUCUACCAUAUUCCUGUUGUUUUAUGAGCAGACCCUUAAGGAAUUUAUUUUACAAUGUUGUGACGUUGCUGCUUUUUCUUUUUCCUUUUCUCUUUUGUUUCAUAUUUGCCUUUUCGUUCAAGGAUAUGCUUAGCAAUAAAAUGUUCUUCCCAAAA